AUGACGACGCAGAUGAUGCACGCGGGUCCGUGGGGACCGCGCGGGAGCCUGGUGAGCGUGAACAUCGAACACGAUGAUCGAAAGUCGGACGUGAAGCGGCGGGUGUCGCACGCGACUGGGAUUCCGGUCGAUGAGUUGAAGCUGUGCUGCGCGUCGCCGACGCAGUUGGCGGCGGCGAGUAAAAAGUGUCCGGGACUGUCCUUUGGGAACUGCGGGGUCGUCGAACGACUCGGUUUGACCGUGGUUCAGGCGGAAUCAGGGGAGAAGUCGUUUGUCCCGAGGCUUUCUCCGAACCGCAUCGAUAAUUUGGGGCACUGGACCGAUCCGAAGUGA